AUGCAGAUUCCGGAGGGCUGCCGCGGCCGAAGUCCCCCCUCACCUUCGAGUUCCGCGUCCCUGCAGACGGAGCCGGCAUCCAUGAGGCUUGUUCCUGCGCAGGUGGUCGAGCUGAUUUCUGAGGCACGGGAGAAGGGUGGCUUCGCUGGGGCGUUGCGGUACUGUGACUUGGGGCCGCUGCUGCAGCGGCUUGGCUGUGCGUGGGACAUGGAGCGCCUGGACGACUGCUGGUACGACAUGGUGCGAGGCCGACCGACCUCUUUUGUCGAUGACUUGCCAUGGGCCGCGCAAUGCCUUUAUGAACACCUGCGCGGCGAUUCUGUCGUGAUUCCCAAACCGGCACCGCGCAGGCACUUGCAUGGGGGAAAAGACACUUUGACGCCGCAGCAACAUGAGACUGACGGGCUCGCCAGGGCGCCUUGUGAUUCCACGUCCGAGGCUCGCGAGACACAGCCCCCACAACCGCAAGAGUUGAAGCAACAUUCAGGUCAGGAGAAAGAAUCCCGGCCAGCACCAAAGGCUGCGAUUUCUUCAAGGCGGCCGCGGGAUCUUUCAGCGGGGAAGAGCCAUGCCGCCACACCGCGAAACGUGCGCUUUGCAUCGCCAACACUCUCAAGUUUGAGACGUUCCCGCUCCAAUUCAUUGCCGCAGCGGCGGAACAACGCGCUAGAGCGUUCACCCAAACGUGGGCGUUCCCUAUCACCCAAAACAACAACGGGAGGGGUUUUCCGCCGCCUUAUAGAGGAUGCGGAAAGGAGGCGCAAAAGAGCGUCGCCACCACCGACAUCUAAUUUAGAAACAAGAACAACAACCGGAGGAGAAGGAGGAGGGACCGUGGUAUUAACCAAAGCAAGUAUGAAACCAGAGGAUGGUGUGCCCUUGACGAAACCGAUUUCUCGACAUAUGUCAUUUACUGCUCAGAGCUGGAACAAACCGACGAAGUCAUACACGGCAAAGUUAGGCCCUGAACCGGCAUCUGUGGAUCGUCUGGAGGCCGCAGCACCCACUCCCCAUGUGGAGAGGCAAGAACCCACUGGACCUUCCGCAUAUGUGCCAACAGGUUACGUGGAGGCGGUGGCGCGUCUGCGGCGUUUUGCUGCAUCACGAAACCACUUUCAGUUUGUGGAUUCCUUGCGCUCGAAGACACCAGUUUCCGCUUCAACGGGAAUUUUAUUGGAACGAGCGCCCAUUUUGCGGUUGCCGGUUUCUGAUCCUAUUGAGGGUAACUCUGCUGUGGACGUGCGUCUUGCGACUCCCGCUCGUUCCCAUUGCCUUUUGGUGCCGCAGGAUGUGCCGUACGACGACCCAUCGCGGGUGCUUAUUCAAGACCUCCUCCGAGGAACUCGUGUGAGGCGCCGUGAAUAG